UAAGUGGGUUUGAUCAAGCAUUCACUAUUGGGGUUGGGUUGGUGAGGAGUUAUCAGUUUCCCUCUCGGUGGGAGUCCCAGGCUAAAAGCAAGUAGUGGACAUUGCAGGUACAAGAACACAUUCUAGCAGUUUCCAAGGUCGUUUCUUCCUUAAAGGACCCAACUCAGUUGCCUGCCUCCACAUCUUCUCACUGUCAAAACCUCCAUCCGCAUCUGAAAUUAGAAGAGAGAACAUAUAAUGAUCGCCAAGAUCUCUUUUGUUGCAAUCCUCUCACUCCUCCAUAUCCUCCCAACUUCUCUCGUUUUGUAUGCCAAGGCAACUUCCCGCGGUAGAGACACACUAGAGCUCUCCAUCGGCAUCGGCAGUGGCAGUGGCAGCGGUGGCUCAAGCAAAGAUUGUGGCGAUGAACUUCUUGGGAACACAGACCAAUCUCAAUGUUCUCAGGAGAAAAUUCCAUUGUUAGGACCAAUAAUACAAGCACCCCUGUUAUCACCAGUAGUACAAGCACCAAUUGUGCAAGGUCUUCUCAACUUUAUUGACCAGAGGCUUGCGCUGGUAUACCCAGUGAUCCAGUUGUUCAAGUCCACAAUCACAUCAGAUCCUCUUGGCAUCACCAAUUCCUGGGUUGGCGGUGACAUUUGCAAGUACAAAGGCUUUUACUGUGAUAGCCCACCUGACAAUAAAUCAGCCACUGCUUUAGCUUCUAUAGACUUCAAUGGCUUCGGAUUAAGUGCUCCGAGUCUAGAUGGCUUCCUCGAUCAGCUCCCGGACAUUGCGCUCUUCCACGCCAAUUCCAACAAAUUCGCGGGGACCAUUUCCCCGAACAUUGCAAAGCUUCGGUACCUCUAUGAGCUCGACCUUAGUAACAACAAGCUCUCAGGGCCGUUUCCCACGGUAGUCCUUGGCAUGACCGACCUCAUAUUCCUAGAUCUAAGGUUUAAUUCCUUCUCUGGGGCUGUACCUGCCCAGAUAUUUACUCGGGAUCUCUACGUGCUAUUCCUCAAUAACAACGCCUUUGAUCAGACGUUGCCAGACAAUCUAGGGAACACCCACGUGCUCUACCUCACCUUAGCCAACAACAAAUUCACUGGUCCGAUCCCCAGAAGCAUCGCAGGAGCCCCGUCCACUUUGACUGAGGUCCUGUUCUUGAACAACCGGUUUAGUGGUUGUUUGCCCUAUGAGAUUGGUCUGCUGGACGAGACUGUGGUCUUGGAUGCGGGUAACAAUCAGCUGACAGGGCCGCUUCCGCUCUCGUUGUUCUGCUUGGAGAAGGUAGAGCAACUGAACCUCGGGGGGAAUUUGUUCUACGGGAUGGUGCCAGAGCCAAUCUGCUGGCUAGGAUUGAAUCGGAACUUGGUGAACUUAUCUCUGUCAGACAAUUAUUUUCAGCAUGUCGGGCCUUGGUGCAGAGCGUUGAUUGAGAAGGGCAUACUCAAUGUGAGAAAUAAUUGCAUUCCGGAUCUUCCAUUCCAAAGGCCAGUGGCCGACUGUGCACGUUUCUUUGCACAGCCAAGGCCAUGUCCGCGGAUGUGGUCGUACUCCUAUGUACCAUGUAGGAAUGCUCAUCUGGAAUCAUUGGUUCCCGGCAUUGCUCCUUCACCUUGAGAAUCUUGCUGGCUCUUCUCUUUUCUCUUCAAGUGCUGAGAUUUGUAAUUUAGAAACUGGAACAAAGUACUGUAUGUCUGAUUUAACUGAGAAUGAAUCCUUUUCUUUUUUUUAAGUUAGGUGCUGAUGUUUCUGCUUUUUGAUCAGCCUUUUUUCGUGUAACCCUUCCUUUUCAUUUUACUAAACGAGGAACUUGCCUAAUGUUAAAGGCAAUGGACUCAACAGUCCAAUGAAACAAAUAUCUC